AAACGGCCGACUCGACUCGCGGCACUUCGCAUCCGUGGCCAAAAAGUGGACGCAAUUUUCCAUCCGCACUGACGUGUUUCCAUUCCGCAGACAGGUUUUUCUCCGAAAUUCCGUGAUAAAUUGGUGCAUUUCAACAUGUUCAACAUCGCAACGCAUAUGGACUUUGAAGGCCAGGGACGCGCCGAGAAGCUGUCCCGAGUGAUCAUCACCCUGUUCGGAGCGGUCGGUCUCAUCUGGGGCUACAUCAUCCAGCAAUUUUCCCAAACGGUGUACAUUCUGAUUGCCGGUGUGCUGCUGGCUUCGAUUCUGACCAUUCCGCCAUGGCCAAUUUACCGCCGCAAGCCCUUGAACUGGCAGAAACCCCGCCCGGAACCUCAAGUGACCGCCGGAGGAACGGAAACCGAGUCCGCCAAGAAGAAAAAGAAGUAGUUGGUAGGAUCAGAUCGUAUUUUUUUGGAUAAGAAAUAAAACUUAAAUUUAAUUGAAA